ACGUGGAGUUUGCUGCCCAUUUCAAAACUAGUCCAAACAUUUGGAUCAGCACUAAGUUGGUAAUUUAAUCUUGUUAUAUCGAAACUUAACCAACUGCUGGUUUUCUGAUGUAAAUAAGAAAGGUACAUAAAGUAGAUUGGAUUGAAAGUUAUCGUUGUGGGUGAGGUGACAUUUAAGUCCUGAUAAUGAUCUCGUGCAACAAGAUGUUUAAUGAGAUCACGUGACUAACCCGUGCCAAAUGAUUGGGUGACGUUCAACAAGAAAGCAAGGAGAACCAGAACAGUGAUCGGCACUCGUUAGGUGACGACGACUUGUAGAAAGGUUUUUGCUGAUUGGGUCACGUUCAACAAGGAAGCAAGGAGAAACCGAACGGUGAUCAGCACUGAUUGGGUCACGUUCGACAAGCUGGACUAUCAGCCCUGAUAGGGCCGUGGUGGUAUAAAAGAGAAGACCAUUCCAUUACAAUUUAUUAAGUAUUUAUCACUUCUCUCAACUACAACCUAUUCUAAACUUACUCCUGAUCGUAUGCCUCUCGGACAUUACCUGACCUUCAUCGGAGGGAAGGCUCCUUUACCUGAUCCUGCUGCACUUCCGACUUCCGGGGAUGUCUUGAGAUACCUGUCCUUCUGUGCCACUUCUACUCUAACUGGAACUCCUCUACUUCACCAGGUGGCUCAGACUCUCUUGGACACCUACUGCUGCUCCGACUCCCACAAAUCCCUUGUCGGGACACCACCAGCUAAGAAAGGGAGAUACAACUUAAUGAAACUUGAAAAUCUCGCUCCUCGAUUAGCCGCAGAACAGUUAUCAAACGGGACUGCAGCCCGUUUUCUCAGCAAAUACAACGAGGUAGUCGGGAUACAGGAGCAGGUGACAGAAAAGAAGAUCCGGAACAUACGGGCUAAGUCCAGGGGAGCUUUACUGGAUAACCUAAAGGGUACAGCAGUCGAAGCCCUGUAUUUCGACGGAAGAAAAGAUAGAGGAACCCUCCUCAAAGACUCAGACGAAGUUCUCCGGCGCCAAGAAGAAGAACACAUUACUUUGGUGGAACAGCCGUCCGGUCGAUAUCUUGGUUUCGCCACUCCUGACAGCGGAAGCGGAGUCGACACUGUCAGAGCCAUCGGAGAACAUUGUAAGGAGCUCGGAAUUGACAUAAGUGGACUUAAGUGCUGCGGCUGUGACGGGACGAGCACUAACACAGGAAGACAUUCGGGAGUUGUCGUCCUCUUGGAAAAGAAGCUGGGGAGGGAACUGCAGAGAAGUGUUUGCUCAUUACACAGGAUAGAACUACCCUUCCGGCAUUUCUUCACCUCGCUCGAUGGAGUCACGACCGGACCUAAUUCUUUCUCCGGCCCCAUCGGGAAGCUUGCUGCUGGACCGGUUCACCAGAUGGCGUCGAGGAAGUUUGUCCCACUCAGAGCCCACACCUUCUCCCCUCUUCCUGAUGGUGUUGUCAAGAAACUGAGUUGGGACCAGAAGGUUCUCUACCGCCACGUUUUAGCUGUUCAAACCGGGGCACUACCACCUAAGCUCGCAGGAACAGAAAUUGGCCCCCUCUGCCACGCCAGGUGGAUAACAUUCCAAAGCAGAAUCUUAAGAUUAUUCAUGUCUGGCGGAGUCCCGGGUAAUGUAAUGGGUAAAUUAAGAAAAUUAGCAGAAUAUGUUGUAAAUAUAUACUUUCCGAUGCAUAUGUUUAUUAAAUACUAUGAUUCUAUUGUGUAUGGUUCCGUAAAUUUAUUUCAGGAGAUUAGUUUUAUUAAGAAGGUUAUUAAGAGUAAGUCUGAAAGAGAUUUUAUUUUAAAUGGUGUUCAAGUCAACAGUUAUUUUGCGCAUCCACAUAAUAUUUUGAUAGCAAUGUUAGGGGAUAAGAAUUACGUAUUAAGGAAAAAGGCCGUAGAUUUGAUCUUAGACUUAAGGGGUGUUGAUGAAGUGUGUACGGAGUUAAAUUAUUACUUACCUAGACUUAAUUUUGAUGCUGAAGUGUAUUCUGAUUUAUGUAAGAUGAGUAAAGUUAAUGAUCGUUGGGUUUAUUUGUCAUUUAAGGGAGAUUUUGUGUAUGUUACCGAACCGCCCCUUACUAAGGGUUUAGAUGUACUCUCUUUUCUGAGCAGUCCGUUUAAGUCUGAUUUACCUUGCCACACGCAAUCUGUGGAGCGGCUGGUCAAAGUGACGACCGACGCUUCUAAGAGAGUGUGUGGUAGGGUAAAUCAGAGCGCCGAGGGUAUGUUAGUUAUUGCAGGACGAGGAGAGAAAAGUGUAAAGUAGUUUUGUAAAAUACCAUAUUUAAGUUAAAAUGGGGUUUCAAUUUAUAGAUAAGCAGCUAGUUAAGGGAAAUAUCUAUAAUAUCCAACUACUUUGAAGUUAUUGAAAUUUUAUACUGUGAUCCAUCCGUGCUCCGCUAUAUAUUUAUUGGAUUCUCUUGUUGUGUACUCGUUUAUUUCACGGUAAAAUCACGGUAUCAGGGAUUUGAAGAGAAUUGUAAUGAUAACCUUGUUGUUGCCUUUUCGUUUUAACAGUCUUAUUGUAUUUCUAGGUUAACCUGAGUGUUUAUUCCUACCGUAUUGAUGAGAUUAGCUACCUUAUUAGUAGUAAAUAGUUGGAAUGAUUAACAACACUCGCCGUGGUGUAAUACUAAUCAAGAUUUUCUUUAGAACAUGGUUAUUUUCAACUUGGUGAUGACAAUGAUUUUGGGCAGCUUCGGUACCAGUUUUAAUAACAAGGGAGAGAACAUUUUUUUCCCAAUUUUAUGUGGGUUUUUAAAUUUAAAUUUGUGUAGUUAUAAGAUUUAAUAUAUAUUAGAAUUUUUAAAGUUUUUCAUUGCAAUGCAACGGAUAACUUCCAC